AAGUGAAUAAUACACAUGUAGUGUAAAGUAUACACAAUAUAUAGUGAACACACAUACAGUACAUUGAAUUCUGUAAUUUGAGUGAAACCAUCAUAAUUCUGGUUCCCAUUCAUACAUGUGAGCAGACAUUGCGAUGAGGCGUAAGAAUGUGAGACAUGUGUCGGAUAUAGUGGGAGAAUGGGGUUUAUGGCAAUUCAAUAUUACCUUCUUCUCGGUCUCCAUAUCCUUAUUCUCGGCGCUCAAUAAUCUGUCCGUUUCUUUCUAUGCGCCGACUGUUAAGCACUGGUGCGCCGACAGCACCGACAGCAACACUACCGGCCCUACCAUUCCUUAUAAUAAUGAGACUCAAUCGAUCGACGGCUGUCUGAAUGGGUGCCAGAAUUGGGAAUUUGAUAAAUCAGUGUUUAAGUCCACUAUUAUUGAUGAG